UGCGCAUGAUAUGUAUAAUAGUGACUCAGAGAAGUUUAAUCAGUUUCGUCUUCGUUGAAUCACACUGCUUCAAACAAAAAACCACUUAUAGGAUAUUCUACUUUGAAAAGGAAGCCACAUCCAGCUCUAUUACAAACAAAAGACUUAUCCUGAUCGAGAAACAACAUCAUGAAAGUCUUGAUUUGUCUUACCUUGGUGGCUCUGCUUUGUUGCACUGUAGAAGGUAAGAAAAGUAAAAAAGGACCAAAGACAAAAAAGCAAGAGAAAGAACCGUGCAGUCUUGAGGACAUUCCUUGGGGAAAAUGUUAUAAAGCAGUAAACUGUCCUUCUUCACCUUCACUCAACUGUGCAGGAGGCCUGAGAUGCUGCAGACCUCCUAAAGAAGAUAUCAGUGAGGAAGACACCAAUGCAAGUGAGGGAGAUACAGCGUAUGACAAAUUCCUGAUGGACAUGAAAAAAUAUUAUCCCUAGAAGAGACAGACCGUUUCAUGCCGUCGUUUAUUAUGAACAUGACAAAUAUAAAGUUGUAUAAGGGUUUCAACUAAAAACUUUUUUUGUAGUAUUCAUUCAUGUUCAAACUUCAUUAAAAUUGUAA